UCCCUAAGACAUACAAAUGGAUAUUAUUGUUGAUUAAUCUAACUGACUGACUGACCACCAUCUCUCUAACUAUUUCAUUUCCACAAGCUUCCAAACAAAGAGAAUUAAUGGAAAGUCAGAUUUACACCCUUUAUUCUCCUACAUUAAAAACUCAAUAACCACAUCACUUCCUCUCUGGUUAAUGGGUGUCUCUAUCUUUCUUGAUUUCUCUUCUCCAAAACAUGCCUAUGGCAAUCCAAUUUAAACACCAGAGUAUUGAAAACACCAUUUUCAUCCAUGGCUUAUGUUGAUAUCAAGGCCAAGCUUGGAAUUGGUUAUAGACAGCAGCAACAGCACCUUCUUCCUUCUCUUUGUUAUAGUAGAAAUUGGGUGUUGGUGUUUUUGGGUUACCGGAUAUGACCAUGGUUCCUGCUGAAAACCUUCCUAAACAGCAUCAUCUUCCUCACGGUGGCGGCGGCGGCUUUUAUGGUUAUUGUGGUAGCAGUUACACAGAGAGUUUUGGGCUUAUGAGCCGUGUUUACGGGUAUGAUUUUCACGCUGAAGCUUAUGUAGGAUCUGAUCUAGCUGCUAAUCGCAUGGCUGAAGAUGAAUCAACAACUAAUAGUCUUAAUGAAGCGGGCUCCAACUCAAAGGAUAACAAUCAAGAACUAGAGUUAGAGAGAGAUGAAGGUUGGCUCCAACUCGGUUUAGGGGGUCAGCCAACACGAUCUGAUGCCAACAAGCAUUACCAAGGCGAUCCAACGGCAAGAAGAGGAGGGAUGAUUGAGCUUGAUCUAUUACCUGGUGGUAUGUCGCAACAAGCAAGGCCAUUAUUAGCCCCUAUCUUUCAUAUGCCUGACUUUCGAGCUCCGCCUCCGCCACCUUCACCGCUCAUGCAUAGUUUUAGCUCAUCUUUAUUCUUUCAACACCAACAAGGGAGCAGCUCCACGUUCCCUCAUCAUGGGGAGCUUAGCUCCUCAUUUAGGCCGAUAGCACAAAAUAUAGCAGCAGCUCAUUCCGCCUCCUCCUCCUCCUCCUCAUCUUCUUCUUUGGUGCCAUUGGGGUCCUAUUUUGCCAGACCAUUUCAGGUGCAGUCCGAAAUGGAUGUUGCAGGGCCGAGCUCGGAUGUUAGAAUCAUUGAUCCUCCUAGAAGACCCCAUUCUGGCAUUUGGUUUGUGCUUCAAGCAUCGCAAAAUCAAGCAAAGGAACCGUUUCUGCCUCAGAUUCCGAAGAGCUACCUAAGAAUCAACAGGGACGGAAAGAUGACAGUUCGAUUAUUAAUGAAGUAUCUGGUUAACAAGCUGAGACUGGAUAGCGAAUCAGAGAUAGAGAUAAGAUGUAGAGGGCAACAGCUUCAACCUUCGUUGACGUUGCAGCAGGUAAGAGAUCAAAUAUGGAGUUCAAGAGACGCAGUCACUCUGCUUCCACAUACCUCAACCGCUGAUCAUCUCAUGGUUUUGCACUAUGGCAGGACCCCUAUUUGAAAACUUCAAUCACAUCUUUUUUUUUUUUUACUCUUACUUUUAUGUGCUGUAUUAUUCUUAUUUAAGUUGUGGAAAUCCAACGCCCCUUCAUUUAUUAUUAUUA